GACCUCCUAGACCCUUGUGCUUUUAUCUCCUCCAACUGUAUAGUAGAAAUAUCGCGUUGAUGAUCCCUUUUCAGCAUAUCUUCCUUUGCCAUGCAUACAGUGUUUAGCCUUCUUACCAUCAGAAUCAGGAGCAUAUCAAUCUUCUAGGUUGUAAAAAUAUAGAGAUAGACGAGUGAGGUAAAUAAUAUUGAAGAUUGAAGACGGAACAGCAUCUUUUUUUGAAAUCUAUGUUCAUCUGGUCUUGAUGAUUUUCUCGGAUUAUGGAUAUGGACUACUUCUACCUCUAAUCAUACUAUCCACCUGUGCCACCUGUCCACCAAAUUAGUAAUACUGUUUGAAAAGAAGAACGAGAAUCAUGUCGCUGGAGAGUGAGGUUGCGACUAGUGCGAGCAGUGUUAUUGAGCCCAUUGCGCCAGGACGCGGAAGUGUUCAGCAGCGACCGUCACAGCGGAGCCGUGCAGCUGGUUCCAAACGCGAAAAGCCGACGGAAGAAGACGACAAAGCGGGUGCAGAAGACGCUGAUAGUGGUGGUGGGUACUCAACAUGGUUCGGUUGGGGUGCGACCGAGGAGCCGAAAGAACCACCACAUGUGACGCAACUGAAAAAACGUCGGGAAAGGUACAACUUCAUCUUAUUCAGUGCUGCUCUCUUACGUUAAAUUACUACUGAAUACGUUAAUAGAUACAACAAGAAUCAUUUGAGAAAGCGAAGGCUCGAGGUGGACACAACUUGUUCAUCAGGCAAAAGGAUUCAUUUUGCACAUGAUAGAUAAUUGAUCUACUUCUUCUGUGGCAUGCCAUGAUCAAAAAAAAAACCAGCCAAAAAGAAUGCUGUCACCACCUCCACCCUCGAUUCUUAGGUACUGUGGCAUUUUGUGGGCCCUGCUUAUUCCAGUUAUAACGGUGGUCGUCGUUGUUUUUUCUCUGAUCGGCAUUUUUCUCGUAGUGAGAAAAAAUACGCCUGAACAAAGUCCUGCGCCACGAACGGCUGGAGGCGGAGGAAUGGCUGGAGGCGCAGCACCUAGUGCAGGUGCUCCGACCGGAGGUGCACCAGCAGCACCAGCAGCAGAUCCGGCGGGACCUGCCGGGGAGGGUCCGGCGCAACCUGGUGUGUCCUUCCUGCACAGUGCACCGAUUCGGCCAUUGGCAGAGGCAUCGAUAGAAUCGACGUCGGAGGAUGCGCCGCAACAAGUAGGGAUACCUUUGGACAGUAUGGCGCAGCGAAUGCGAGACCUACGACCUCGAGCUGUUUCUGUGAGCGCCUCUGCGACUCUCACACCGGAAGAUGAAGACACGAGUUAUUUCGACAUGUCGGAUUGAAGCAAGGACGUUGUACCAUAGCUAUGCAUCUCAAAGAAUCAAAAUGAUGAAUGAUUUGUGAUUAUGCACACAUACAUAUUCUUCCAAGUCUACUUCUACUCAUAGAGUUAUGAACAUAUAAUGUGAAACACACAUGGUCGCGCCCGUUGUCAUCAGGAAUAGCAACUGAGCAUCCUCCUUCAUGUAAAAGCACUUAUUCUUGUUAUUCUAUUUAUUGAUGCUCGGAGAUGGAAGAUCAUGACUUUUAUGAUGAGAAUGCGACGAUGCGGACGCAGAUCCAGCCCCAGCGAGUUGGACGAAAGAAUUCGAGUGGGCCGUCAGAUGUGCAAGAGAAACCUUUUAAAGGCAGCACCUUCUCUUCGAUCGGUCUGCUACCCGCCAAGCGCAGUUUUGUCAUGGACGACAGGUUUCCUACCAGCA